GAUUUUUUUCGUGCCAUACGCAGCACAGCACCUAUGUGGAAACUUACGAAAAACCGUAGAAGUGCAUAAACCGUUUUAUCUUCUUCGCGUUUCGAUAAUUGUGGUAUUUGACUGCAAUUUUCCAGAGUACUUUGUACCGGCAUCAUGAAGUUCGUCGUUUUGGCGGUUGUCUUGUCGAUCCUGUGCUUUGGAACUCUGGAGGCAGCAAAGAGUGCAGAAGGCGGCGGUGGAUGUAUUUGCACAGCUGACUUCUCUCCAGUCUGUGGAAAAAACGGGAAAACCUACUCGAACGCAUGCAAAGCCAAAUGUGAAAAACAACCAGUUGCUCAUACGGGAUCAUGUGACGGAAAAUCGGGAGGAAAAACGGUCUAAAUUUACCCGCAGUAGCAACUCUAAGAAUGCCGGGGAUGUUUGAUUUCAUCGUUUUGUUGUACUGUACUACUACAAAUAUUAUAAUUUCUGUACUCAUAUUUUGCUUUAGCAUGCGUACAUUAAUGCCAUGAAAGUAUCUGUAAUGUCUGUGUACUUACUGUAUUUUCGACUGCAUUACGCGUGUUUCAUAUUCGACAAAUACAAUGAUACGAGUUUUACACUUUGUAAUUAAAAAAACUUCCGUAUUUUCC